AUGAAAUUCCUCACACUUCUUCUUACAUACCUUUUCGCCGCUCUCGCUCUUGCACUGGAUGCAGCUGCCCAAGCGCCUGUGCGUCUUCUCCCCUGCGGAGUCAAUCAUACAUGGAAAGUGACCAUUCUCAGACGAAAGGCCGGUCUGCUACCCCCCCGGUCCGCACCUGGAAAGCAGUCGUACACGAAACCGUUCCACGACCUUGUCAAGAUACACAUCAAAGAGGGGAACUAUCACCAUGCCGCUGAUGCAUCAGAGAAAUUAGCAGAGCAGCACAAUCGAAUCCGCGAGUCCUACAAGAAGGUGAACAAGCCGAGAAAAGCCGGUCAGAUGCACGUUGCUGCACAGGAUGCGCAGAAACAAAGCGUCAUGCUGCGCGCCAAGGCUACCAAGCUUAAGGCGCAAGAGCACCCCUCGAAAAAAGCUAACGGCGUGAAAUACCAGGCCGAGGACCAAAUGUUACUUACGAACUCGAAGAGAACAAUAAAAGAAGCUAACUUCGAGAAUGCGCCUAAGAGUAGUUAG